AUGGCGAAACUAGAAAGCCAACGUCUUUAUUUUAGAGAGUUAGAAAGCAAUGAUGAUGAAAAUCUAUUUGAAUUAGAUUCAGACCAAGAAGUUCAUCAAUAUUUAAAAAGUGCAGUUACUAAUAUCGAUCAAUGUAGAGCUGCAAUCAAAGGUAUACAAAAUCAAUAUAAACUUAAUGGAAUAGGUCGUAUGGCAGUAAUAAUAAAAGAAACCAAUGAAUUUAUUGGUUGGGCAGGUUUAAAAAUUGAAAAUAAUAUUAAUGGUCGUCAGUCAUAUUAUGAUAUUGGUUAUAGAUUUAUUAAGAGAUAUUGGGGUAAAGGGUAUGCUACAGAGGCAACUCAAUUCUUUAUAAAUUAUGGUUUCAAUAUUUUAAAAAUUGAAAAGAUAUGUGCAUUUGCUGACAAAGAUCAUAUAGCUUCAAGAAAAGUAUUAGAGAAAUCAGGUUUGAAAUUUAUUGAAAUGUUUAAAGAUGACGAUAAUAAUGAAGAAGCAUGGUAUGAAAUUGAUAAUCCUCAUUCAAAUGUUUGA